AUGGACAUACGAAAUCGUUUGAAAUCGCUCAACAUUUCCCAUGAGUCAGUUGAAACUCCGACAACGCCAACAACUCCAAAUGUAUCUUUCCACUUUCGAAUUCUCUUAGACAAUGUUUUUUUUCAGUUUUAUUGCAAAGAAGACGGAUGUACGCACGAAAAAGGAUUCUUCACUAUUCGCGGACUGCAGGGCCACAUGAAGACCAUUCAUCAACUGGAAAAAACUAGGGAACAACUGACCGCCACUUCUGCGGCAACUCCACAGGCUCCGCCGCUUACCACGCCAUCAGCUCAAGCUCAGAAAGUUCUAUUCACUAUCCUUCCUUUACAAAACAUUGUUUUUUUUAGUAUGUAUGCAAAGUGGAGGGAUGUACGCACAGAAGAGGAUUCAACAGUCUUCAUUCACUGGAAAUGCACAUGCAAAGUAUUCAUCAAACAGCUGAAAACAAUGGAAAACAGAAAGCGGUCGCGGCUGCCAUUGCCGCUAAUCCUUCGAUUUCAACGCCUGUAAUGCCUCCGCCUCAGGCAACUGGUUCGUCUUUAACUGAAUUAUCGGUCACGCCAUCCACAACUCAGCCGGUAUUACUUGACACUCAGUUUUUCAAAAAUAAACGGCUAUUCUUUCAGUUUGAGUGUAAUGUAGAAGGAUGCACUCACCAGAGCGGAUUCAAGACUCGUAGUGGAUUGCAGAAGCAUAUGAAGAUCAUCCAUUCCACUGAGGGCAAAGGGGAACAGUCUGUGACUGCUGCUAGUGCUUCAGCUGCGUCGGUUCAGGUUUCCGAGUCUUCUUCCGGUAGACGCAACGAAGAGCAGCAAGCGGCUGUCAUUCCUGCCUUUGCCGCUUUUUCUCAUCGGCUUUUAUCGCCUGUCCAAGUGGUGAAUGCUCCAUCAGUGGAGACGUUGACACCAGCUAAGAAAGAAACGGUCAGAGUGUAGUAUCAUAUCAACCAAAUCUUCGUUUUCCUUUCAGUUUCAUUGCACCGUUGAUGGGUGUACCGCUGGUCCGUUCCAAACUUCGAGUGGGUUGCAUAGACAUAGUAAGAAUGCCCAUCCGAUCGGAAGCAACAAUAAGGAACAACUGCGCCCCUCAGACACUGGAAAUGCGGUCCCGAAUGUUUUGCCUACUAAGUUAUUGAACGAGUCUGCCGCAACACCGUCCUCAGGCACAGUUGUACUGUAACCCUUGAUUUCAUGAGACCUUGAUAUGUGUUUUCCAGUUCCAAUGUACUGUGGACGGAUGCACGCACAGUAAGGGAUUCCAGUCUCGCAGCGGACUGCAGAAGCACAUGAAGACCAUUCACCAAUCUGGCCAAAACAGCCGAAUUCAGCAAGGUGCCUCUGCAGACAUUCCGCUGAUUCCAACUCCCGCCAGACUGCCAACGAAUGGUGCUGACACGUCUUCAAUUGAUUCGCCGGCGGCGACACCUAAAGCUCAUAAGGUAUUGAAGUUGACGACUUCAAGUCGUUUAACCUUUCUUCAAAAGCAUAUGAUCUCAGAUCAAAUGCGAAGUGGAAGGUUGUACGCACGAAAGGGGAUUCCAAACAACUAGAGGUCUGGAAAUGCACAUAGAAAGCAUUCACCAGAUUGUCAAAAACAGGAAAAAAUCGGUAUCCUCUUCUCUCGCUGUCAUGGCCUCAUCAGCAGAAUCCUCGGUUGCGGUUUGUGGAAUUUACCUCAGAAUUGUCCAUAUACUUAUUUCAAUUUAGACAGCUCCGGAUGCGCAAAGUCCAGAAACCAUGGAAGAUCAGCAAGUGGAGUCGUUGGGAAACGAAGCCGAUGUGAAGGAACCGGCUAGAAAGUCUCUUCGAAGGGUAAAAUUCAUAAAACUGAUUUUUUUACUUACCCAUGCUUCUCUUCCAGGGAAAUAUCGAGAAGCCUGUGCCCGUCGCUAAGAAACAGAAGGUUUCGGAGAAUUCUUUGGAGCAGAAGACAGCUGAAACUGUAGAUGCGAAAAUAACCACGAGAUCCCCGGGGAAGCCAGCUGCGCCGGAACACGAUUCUGUAGCAGAGCCAGAGAAAACCGUAUCUACUGAAGAGCACGAGUUCGAGUCGGAAACAAAUCAAGCCAACACGAAAGAACUACGAGAUCUUCGACGAAGAAAGCUGCUCUUCCAAUGGAAGCUGACUCGGAUUCAGGAGGGGUAAAUGCGUCUCGGCCGGUUGUCAUUGGAAAGAAGAAGGCCGCCAGGAAUCUUAUCAAGAAUAAACCAAAUGAUGUCACAGCGAUGGAAACAAAUGAUUUGCCAUCAGUUGAGAAAACGUCAUUCAAAUCUCCAGCACAUCCGAUUGAGCAGGAGGAAACUGAUUCUGAUGCAGAAGAAGACGUGAAGAAUAAGGAGGAGCCUCCGAUGAUCGAUACCGUGUCGGAGGACGAAGGAGAUUGGGAGUCUAAGCCGAUCAACGAUGAAGAAUGGGAAGACAUUCUCAGGGACAUGAGCAAUUCGACGGAAAACCCCGUUUCGUCGUCUAGCGAGACCAUCAAACGACCAGUGGAGACUUUUAUGUUCAAGCCGUACAUCGUAAGAGCGGACAACACGAAGGACUAUAAUCUUGGGCGAUAUGAUCCAAUAUCGAGACGAGCUGCCCCGCCACCGUGUAGCUCCGAUCCCGAUUAUCAUGAGGAAGGACUUGCCCCGCCGCCACGUCACUUUGAUUCUGAAGACGACCAGGACUCCGCUCAUUCUGCACGAAAUGUCGAUUCGGACGACGAAGAAAAGGAAAUCGAAAUGAAUGUGCGUGAAACUUAACUAUUCGAGUUAUCGUGACGUUUUUCAGCCUCCACAGUGGGUUUUCUCUGUAGGAGAGAUGGCUAAAAAGCUCGUGAAGCAGCUGCGCAAAAAGACUAUUCCGACUAAACUCAAUGAAAAAUUCUGUGUCGCCUGCCUCGAUUACAAGCAGAAAUCCGGAGAGUGUUCCCGCGUUCACGAUCAAAAUGACGAUCGUAUCCAGAAGCACUGGGAAGAGUUAGUCUAUCAAUGAUUGUCCGUUUAUAAUUGCUCUUUCCAGACAAUAUCCGUUCCGCGCGUCAUUCAACAAGGAUAUCGUCCUCUCAGACCUUCUGAUGAUCGCCGAAGUCUGGGCCUAAAUAAAUUGUGAUUACUCAAAAUCUUUGUUAUUAGAAUUUUCCUGUUUCUUACUAUUAGGUUCUAAAACACUUUCAGCAGUAAUACGAGAAUUAUAAUGAUUUUUUAAACAUGGAACUAAGCACCCACUCUCGACCAAUAAAUAUAAACGCCGUUUUAAUCGUCUGUCCUCGGUUUUACUCUUCGGUUAGACCUCCCCCGACGCCCUUCAUCUGGCUUUCUCUAACUUAUUAUUUUGCUUCAAUUUUGUAUUUUUUUUCCACGAUUUCUUCUUAUCAAGGCAAUUUCAGAUAUGUAAUGUGUAUAUCCACUUUUAAUACGGCUCCAUUUGGGCGUGGUUCGGAGAGCUUUCGGAGCACUUGCGCAUUGUAAUUAUAAAUAGAAAAGUGGGGGAGGAAACGAUGGGAAAUUGAAGGGUUUGGUGGAAAUGAAAGAGGCGGAGAGGAAAGGUAAUUGUGGCUCGGAGCGAGCGAAAAGGAAGGAGGACACUCGCUCUUUUUGGUUUUCAUUUCGCUCGCUUACACUUUUUUAUCUGAAACUUUGCCGCACCUUUUUGUGCUUCCAGACAUUCAAAUAGAAUUCGAGCGAUCUAAGUCCCCAAAUCUUCCUGAUCCCAUUCGAAUUGUCCGUUCAUCAACGUCAUCUUGUCCUUUAGGCUUCUCUGAUUCCAUUUCGGUUGUUUUCGUCUUCCACGACAACUUUCGUCAGUUUUUCACACGUACGGGAAAUCAGCAUCAAAUUCCGAAUAUCCACAUCGAGUUUUAGCAGGUACCUUACGAGCUCCAAUGCAAUCUAUUUUAAUUUCCGAUGUAUCCGACUUCUGCUAAAUUGGAAAUGUGUGAUUAUUGGCUUUUCUGUUUUCGGCUGCGGAAAUGCACUUUGCACUUUUUGAGAAAGUAUCAGGUGUAAACAGAACGGUCACGUAAACAUACGUUCUCCUUUUGCUUAGAUGGUUAUUUCUGAUAAUUUGGUGGUUUUCGCUCUCUUGUGCUCCUCCGAACCUGGCUAAAGAAUGCGUGAAUGGCACUGAAUUCAAGAGUUCGGAUUAUGUACUUUAUUGAGAGCAACAAGCGAGAGAUUUAUCGGAAUGUUCCCAAUCAAUUCGAAAAUAUUAUCAGAGGGUAUUCUUAAAUUUAGAUUUUCGUUCGCGCGUUUUUCGUCUUUUCCCUUCCACGACGACAUUUUAUUUGCAUUUUCCCAUUCGCCGACCACACCAAAACUCUUGGUUUCUCAUUCAUUUCUGAGAUUCAAUUCGUCGUGUUCCGUUGGCCGCUUCAAUUUCGAUUCAAUUUGGGCGGCUCAUAAUCCAUAUUGUGCUCUUUUCUCUCCCUUUCUCCCCUCCAAUGGAUAAACAAUCGAAGGUGGAAUGGGAGCGGAGUCAGUCCGGAUAAGCCGUGUGAAAAGCGACGCAUUCGGACGGAUUUUCGUGUUUCACCAAGUCGCCGAAAAUGUAAUCUGUGCAGCAACUUAUAACCCUUUUCAUACUUUUUUAUUAUUGGAUUCCGAGAUUCUAUGAGCUUUGAUUAGACGAAAUACGAAUGAACGAAAGCGAAAAUGCCGGAUUCAAUUGGUGGAUAUUAUGAAACCGAAUCACAGGUUUCCAUGACAUUUUCGGAAUGGAUUCUGGUCAAUUCUGAACAUUCACGAGCUCAUAAAGAUAGAGCUUCGAGAAAAACAAAUGUUAUUCCCAAAGCUUCACCUGCUGAGUUCAUUUUGCAAUAAGUGCUCAAAUCUUGACAUUUUCCAUAAAUAGAGUAGCAAUUUUUCUGGAAAAAACAUAAAUUUUGAAGAUAAAUACUAUAAUCAUUCCUGGUUUGAUAACAAGAAGUUACCAAGUACAAGUAGAACAACGUACACAGAUUCUUCAAAAAAAAAAAAACGAUCAAAAUUUGAGGACACUAAUCCGAUAUGAGGAUAUCCGAAUGACAUCCUUUCAUGAUGUUAUAGCUCGUUUCCCCCUCUUCCUUUUUACUAAGCCCUGAUUUCCUUUUGAAUUUGAUACGACAACUUUUUGCCGUCGUUGCGCUACGCCAACCUUUUUUCCACUGACAAAGCCUCAAUCGUGCCGUUUCUCGUAGAAGGACCCUCCGAAGGCAAUGAGCCAAAUAGGAGAGACCUCCGUGUGGCUGCUCAAACUAAUGAGCCAUUCGAUUCGAUUCGAAUCCAUUUUUCGCCUCUUUUCUUUUCUUUUUUCGCCCGCCGGUCCCUGCCAGCUGCAGCCGCACUUCCUUUUCCUGCAAAGGACACGUUUUCAGUGUGUCUGGAUCCUUUUUUCUUUGAAAACGUUGCUCCGGGUUUCGGUUUCUUUGUGUUCUCCCCGACGUCGAUCACGUCAUCGUCGUCCGUCCCCGCUGGCACUUCUCUCGAUCCUCUCGCUUCGAACGCUCCGUCCCGCACCCCUUCUGAAUCUAACUUCUUCUCGUUUCUGUGUAGUAGACGGAACUCGGACGGUGAGGAACAUACACUUUUGCUGGCUGUAAAAACGACAAAGCGGGGAAACGAAGUGAUAUGAAAAGUAGGAAAUAAAGUGUUCUUUUCUUUUCGCACUCUUUUUCGCCCAUGAUUUUCAGCUGUACUUCUGUGUUCUUCCAUACUAUAUUUAGAACAAGUGCCAUAUUCAACACUGAGAAAAUGACAAUUAUCUCCUUGAGUUGCUUCUGCAUUUCCGCUCUGAAAUACGCAAUGUAGCCGUAGUGACCACGAGCAGAAUCUGAUUAAAUCUGUGCAUUAGAGUGCGAAUUCUCAGAAGUGCAUUGAAAAACUACGGUUUCUCGGUCAACGCGCUUCUGUCGCUUCACUUUUUCACAUUUUUGAAAACAAAAUCUGAAUCCUCUCGCUUCUUUUUGUUUGAACCAAAAUUAUUCGAAUCAAUUGGUUUCAAGCGAACCACGGGAUAACAAGCUGGCGCCGCCGAAGCCAACGAAAGACGAUGAGGGCCAGCCGCAGAAAAGUCAAUUGUAGGUUCUUCUUCCGUUGUCCCGAUUCACAAUUAAUUAUAAACAACGUUUUCAGCGUUUUCGACAGAAGAAUGAUUCAAAGGACACGGGACUUGGAACGAGGCUAUGUCUAGUGAGUGCUCUGUGCAUUCCGCCCUGAAACUUGCUCUUCCAGCACCGGGAUGGCUGCGAUGCUCACUCCGCUCAAUUGUGUUAUGAUGCCGUUGGACGAGUCUGACGACGAAUUCGACAGGUUCGAACUUUGGAAGCCCCUUUUUUAGAGUUUUUACUUCAAAGUUGACAAGUCAUCGUUUCGUCUGAAAAAUGAGCGCUUUCCUCCUUUCCCAUAGGGGAUUUUUGGAGGUUUCCAACCGAAUUCACCCAACUUUUUUCCGCUUCUUUAUCCUCCUGACCCCUGCGGACAUGUGUCGAUGAUUUUGAUCUUUCAUACAUGACCAUUCGCCUUUUUUCGGUUCUGAAUUAUGCGUUUUCUUCGUCGUCUUCUUCUCCUCCAUUCUUCUUCGUGUUGUCAUCUUCUCUUCAAUGUAGGCAGAAGACGGGUGAUUUAUGAGGUGACAGGUUCAUUUCCUGGCCGAUUUUUUCCGAAGAAAAAUGGCCUGGGAGCUUCUUUCUGCCUUUUUUGCACUAAGAGCAUUCGUGCAAACAGGAAUUCAGGAAUUUGAGAAAUUGCAGAGGAAGGAAACGGUUGGCGAAGGGAUUUUGAAGUGGUGUUUCCGAAAGCAGGCAUUUUCAAGUAGAUGUUAUUCCCUCUUGGAAUCUAGGCUAAACUUAUCCAUCAAAUGAGUGGUUACCUCUGAACCCCUCCUCUCUCUCUCUCUCUCUUCCCCUCUCCAACUUCUUUUUUUUUGUUUUAUCGCGAUUGUCUCUGUCUGUGUCUCUUCUUCCCGCCCACUAUUUCGUUGCUGAUCUCUGACAGCGAUUUGAGGGGAGGAACUGCUGGCUGCUGGUGCCUGCGCAACGAAUAAACAACCGGUUUCGAGGAACUGCCACUGUCCGCCUACCCCUCUUUACUCCCCGGGUACUCUUCCUUUUUUUUCAAAUUUUUGACAGUGCCCAUUGGAAGUGUGCUUCUCUGCGGCUCGCACUCUUCUCGGCCACUUGCCGUCUGUCAAGUUGACUGUUUCAAUUGUUCCCCGUCCAACGGAGUGGUCGAUCCGUUCACAAACACUUACAAACAAAUAGUUGUUCUGCCGCAACGUUUCAGUGUUGCCAAUUUUACUGUAGAGAUGAAAGUCGUUUGAAAGAAAAAACAAUUGACAGAUCAUUCGUCUUGAGACACUCGUGCUGGUGUCUCAAUGAAUCACCAUUUCCUCUCUUAUCACUUUUUCAGAGUUCGAUUUUUCACAUAAAAAUGUCUUUUACCGCCCUUCAGUCCGCUUCUUUUGAUAAAUCAAUGCAAUUUUAAUGAUUUUUUGUUUGAUAUAAGAGGAACCUGACGAACAUUUGCGGACAUCGUUUGAAUUUCCCGCCCCAUUGUUUGCCCUGUAGGUGUUCUGUUGCAGUGAGUCACGUGUACAAUAUUUCUGACCGCUUGUUUUUGGCCACAAACUCAGAGGAGAUAAGAUAUUCCAAAGACUUUGCUUUGUAGUAGGCUUUUCUUGAUUUUAGCUAAUCUCGCAUAGUGUUGAAGUCAACAACCAGAAAAAGUAGCAUUGUACCUCUUUCUGCGUGUCAAAAGUUUUGAGAUAAAUCGAUUUUUUUGUUUAAUGAUAAUUUAUCGUUCACGCACAUUCUCCAGCCUAAUUUCGGAAAGUUUCUUCAGUCUGCAAACGCUAAAGGUGUCGGAGCUAUAAAUUGAGUGUACUUCGAGGAUUUUUGCUUAAAAUCUCUGUGCAAAUGACGCAAUCAAUGUGAAUGUUAAUGAAGUAAGGGAGUACGUAAAAGAGCACAAACUUUGUUCAUUUGUGCGUGACGAAUUUGUGCACACGCAUCCGCCCCCGAACGUCAUCUCGACCCCUUGACGUUCAUCGUUCACUUGUCGAUUCAUUCCACUUUUCGAUGCGGUAAUUGAUUUAGAAGGGAGAAGAAGAAGAAGAAGAAGAAGAAGACGACGGGGGUCUUCCUCUUUUCUUCCAUCUCUCACCAUCGUCAGUCAAUGCGGUUCAAGGUCUUACCAUGUGGAAGACAACGAAUUUUCGAAACUUUUUUGUCGUUUUCUUCUUGCCGCCGACACUGACGACGUAUUCCUCCCCUUCCUCUUUUUACUUGCCGUGUUCUCUCUCGUUUCGGGACGCCUUCUUUGUCACUUAAAAGUUGGCGAAUGACGUGGCAAGCCGAUACCUCUAUUCGAAUAUCUCUCGUGAUUACUUCUGAUUUUACUUUUUGUGAUCACACGGUUUCUGUACGGUUUCUGCGCACUUCUCCAGUCUCUUUAAAAGAGAACAGGUGAUGAUAUAACGGUUUGAGUGAUUGGGUUGAUAAGAAAUCACAGUGUAUCUUUGUGACUUUGUCAGGAACAUUCCUUCGGCUACUUUUUUCAGUGUGGCGCCUCAAAUGUUUUAUUUCCGAAGCAUUCUGGCCAAACUCUGCUUUAUCAGUGACAAAUGAUAAGAACUGCGUGGAAACUAGGAACAAUCGUUUCUCGCGACGUUUUUCCCAAGCGUUUUUCGUUGAAUUUCAUGUCGAAAUCCGAUUUGGAAAAGGUCUAUUUGACCACGACAAGCGUGACAAAAUUCUUUUGUUGGCUGAAAAACGCAAUGUUCACACUCGCUUCGAAUGACUGAUUUCCGACACAGUUCCCUGAAAUGACGUGGAAAUCAAAACGAUUUCUCAUGCUCGAUUUCCGAAAAGUUCAAGUUUCGUCAGCGCAUUUUCGCCAUAGUUCAAGUGUCAGGAAUUUGCGGAUGACGGAACUUUUUUGUUUGAUUUUCAAUUCCUCGAGAGAUUUCUUCACUUUUUGGCAGCUAGUUGCACAGUUUUCUAAACGAUUACAACUUUUCCUAUUUGGGAAUUUUUGGAGUGAUUCUCGCCAACUUUAAACCUUGUUCCACAUACAGUUUCUUCGCCUUUUGUAGCGUCUUUCUUGCCAUUCUCCGUCUUAAUUCUAUCCAAUUUGCAACAACAACAAGUUUUCCGAUGCGACAACAAUUUUCCCCCUUCUUUUCAUUCGUUUUUAUAAUCUCCGAGUCGGUUUCGAUUCACCCCAUUCGAUUUGACGCAUGUUCCUCUUUGUCAGUUCCAACCAAAGUGAUAACGUAGGAAAAACCUGAAUAGGACCCACACUUUUCGCGUAUUCUUUGUAAUAAUCUCUGAUGACGUGGCAAACGUAUCGAUUGAUGAGAAACUUCAAAGAAUUGACAGGCAGCAGCUGAGUAAAUAUGUACAAAAUAGACACAAACACACAAACCGAUAUUUCCUUCUUUUUCUCUUUUUUUUUGGCGAACGAUGAUCAGUGCUGUCUUUGCGAGCUUCGCUGAUAGCAUUUUGAAGCCUUCAGAAAAACGUGGUUUCCUGAAAAUCGUCAAACCGUACAUCAAAGUUCUGUUCGCUAAAUUGGUAUUCUUUGCGCCCGGUCCCUCGCGGUUUCUCUUCAAAUGAUCCAGAAAUGCUUUGAAAUCUAAUUAAACCUUUUUAGUUUGUCUCUUUUUCUCUUUUUCUCUUAUUUCGAUUUGAAAUUGAAAUGGACGAGUUAAAAGAAGAAGAAGAAGAAGUGAGAGGAGGAGGGGAGACGGACUGAAAUGAAUGAAAAUGGAAGUGAAAUGCUCGCUUCUUACUACACAAACAACCAUCCAUUUCAUUUCGAUUCGGUCAUUUCCAGAAGAGCAAUGUUGCCAGAAUGCUCUCAAAAUUGAAUUCUUCAUACCCAUUUCCGUUUGGUUUUCAUCGAAAACAUCCGCUCAGAUUAAGAGACUUUUUUAAAGCUUUAAUCUCGAAAGUUUGAAAGUACAGUGUUUCUCGAUCCGGUCCGACCACUCCCUAGUUCCGAUUACUCUGCAGUUUUGCAUUUACAACCCCUGUUUUCCACGUUUUUAUUCGAAAAAAAAAGUGGCUGUUGUUGUCGUCUGAAGGUCAUUUGAAACAGACAAACGAACGGGAAAAACGUGCGUGCCAAGGGGGUAAUAAAGCGGACAUUUGGGACGAACACGGGACGCCUGUGUUUCCCUCGUGUGCGGUGGGAGAAUUCGAAAAAUAAGUGAUAAAGGAAGAGACGAGUAGUGCAAAAAACAAUAAACAACACAUGUUGCAAUUGCUUCGCUUCAUCUUCAUCUUCUUCAUCUUCUUCUUCUUUCUGUUGCCAUCCAGCAUCUCAUCCCACUCAUCCCGCCUAUCUAAUACACACACAUACGACCAAAACAAAUAGGAAAAAAGAGAGAAAGAGAGUAAACUUAAAGAAGAGAAAGAAAUCUCAAAUUUCCCCCCUUCGGGCCCUCUCUUUUUUCGCCUUUUCUUCUUUCCCGCCUCGGCAGUUUUUUGUUGCGAUACUCUAGUAAAAUGGAGCAACUUGUGGUUCAUUGACUCCAGAGAAAAUGUUUUGGAGCAUCUUAAAAUGUAGUGGAAAUAAUGCGAUGUUUGAACCGUUUUCGUAUUUGCUUAGCGAAAUUUCUAGUCGAUUCUCUUUUAACGACAUAUUUCAGUUAUCAGUUUUAUCGAGUGAUCACUUUACAACAAAAUUACCAUCAGAAUCUUCUCCAUCAUAAAUUUCUCUUUCCCAUCCAUCAAAGACAGUUUUUUUAGUCUUGCCCUUUUUCCGUUUCCGCCCGCCCCAUCUUCGUUUCCAUUCAAUAGUACCUUCGUUGACAAUGGGUACGUAUGCGUGCACGUAUUUGCUUUUUGAUAAGUCUCCCUUCGUGUCUGAUUAUAAUGAGAAGAAGAAGAAUGAUAAUAAUCUGAUUAAUUUCUAUACACAUGUACAUUUAUGUACAUUCUUUCUUUCUUUCUAAUUCAAAUACCUAAAUAGAACAGAAGACCUUGUUGUUUAUGUGUACGUUCAAUAUUUUAAAUAUACCUGCAACACGACGGUUCUAAUAAGAACUUUGAUUCGAAAGAUAACAAAUGUACUACAUAUCAUUGUGUAUCACGUGACCUAUCAUUUGGAAAUGGGAAUAUGUUCCGUGUUUGCUUCUUGAAGUUUGACUUUUUAGAUCUUUUCAAACGGUCACUGAAAAGAGCACAUGAAAUUUCAAAAGGCUUAAUUAUUAUUCAGCAAAUUUUUCUUUUCUCAGAGCUUAACUCUGACUUCAUCUUUUCGUUUGACGUUUGAAUUUUUCAGUCUCAGCGAGAUUUCCAAGUAAGGCACCUUUCCAAGUAGCUACAAAUCCGGAAAAGGUGUAGCAGUUGUGCUCGUAUCACAUUCACAUUUCCCUUAUUACUUCCUUCCUUCGCAGCACACACAUGUGACAUUUCUGCAUCGUUUUUUUUCCAAGCCAAUAAUACUUUCUGACCGAGGAAAGAACAUUUCCUAAGAUGAGAAAAUAAGAAGAUUAUAAUCUCAGUUGUCCUUUUUUCUCGAAUGGAAUUUAUGUAUGUAUGUGCAUGCAUUCCAGAUAUUCGUACUACCCCUCGAUUUGAAUGAUUAAUCCAUUUCGAAAGAGAAAGAGAGAGAGAGUUUCCACUUAUUCCAGUUUUUUGCUGAAACUAAACGCAUCUCUGAAAUGUUUCGGCUCGAUGAACAAAACGUGUAACGAACACGCGCCAAUCUUUUCCCAUUUCAUCUCCUUUUUUUUUUCUCCUGUCCAUUUCACCCACAACCAUCCAUUUCCUUUCCUUUUCUCACGCCUAAUUUAUUUUCACUCACCCACACCCGUGGUUUUUUUCGAUCGUGGGGAAACAUUUCGACUCGUUCUUUUCUUUCUUUUCGGCCAACACUGACGUGUCCUUUCGUUUUUUUUUCUCUUUCGAACGUUUCACUCGCACUUUCCGGCCAUUCUUUGUGUGGAUUCGUGGGCGAAUCAGGUACGGCUAGUGAUUUCUGUUCUGAUGGUUCCCAGAAGAUGUACUCACUUCUUUCCUUCUGUCGUCGAGGAGGGUACUAAAACGACAGGAGGUGUAGUACACUUUUUAUGACACCUAUCACAUGUGUUGGCUUGGGGUCGCCCUUCCUCUUCUUCUUCUUCUUUUUGUCGUCGUCGUCGCUGAUUCGGACAAUAAUUUUGCAGCUGGCCCCCAAUCUGUUGAGCCCUUUCCAGCAAUCUGUCCCACGAACAGAAAGAGAACCCAUUCAAUUUCCGUUUUCCAAUAUUAGAAACUCUUAUCUCACUUUCUCUCGCCGCAACGCAAAUCCAUUCAAUUUCCGUUUAUCGCUCUGAGAGCCCAAAUAGUUUCCUAUCUUUGAGCAAAAAACUAAGGAAAGAGAGAGAGGACGUCGAGUAAAUGGUUCCUUUGAAGUGGACAUCUGGAGAUUGGGGAGAUGAGCGGAUACGUAAUCCUCUUGUCUCCCUCCUUUCUCUCUCUUUUUCUUUCUCUUUCUUUUUCUUUCUUUUGAACUCUUGCCGCCAAUCCUGUCAUUUGGUACGGAUUUGCACUCCUAAAGAUAUUUAAAAAACAAAGCGAACGGAGGAGAGAUAUUAGGUAAUUGAAUGAUUCAUUUCCGAUUAGUCUGGGAACGAUCACCGAGCAUUGUUCGAGAUCUUCGAUGUUAUCGAUACUUUUACCUACUUGUUGCCUUCCGCCCGUCUCCUCCUUCUAGUUGUCCUCCCCCUCUUGUCAGCAGGAAUUGUAACAAAACCUAUGGUGUCGGAUAGUGUAGAGCAACUACACGCUCCUCUCUCUCUCUCUCUCUCUCUUUCUUUCUUUCUUUCUUUCUUUCUUUCUUUCGUUCAUUCACUUUUUAUCUACCUUCUUCUUCUUCCCAUUCACUUUUGUGUUCUGCGUUGUUGUCGUCUUGCUUUUUUAUCGCCAUUCCGAACAUAUGAGAAAAGGAAGGCGGAAUGCAAUCUCGUAUAGACUCUUGAGAACACAGAACGAACAAAAUGAGAAGAAGGAGGAGAAGAAGAAGAUCCUUAAGAGGGGAACAUGAGUAGCUGCUCUAACGGUAAUCUAAUAUUGGCACGAGAUGGUAGUCCUCCUUCUCUCGCUUCCCCAUCCAUUCUUUCCUUCUUUCCUCCAGAGACAGUCCAUAUGGUCUUUGUCAAUCUGUCACCCUCUGCGUCUCUGUUUGUCCCACCAGCUCUCGUACUUUUUGAUGACUGCUAAUGAGUCGAUGAUGACGUGGCAAGCAAUGAAUGGUCCCUUUUCUGAAGGAUAAUUACGGCACUAUCCACGAGAUUAGGGGGCAAUUUGAUGGGCGAUAAGCGGGUGGUCGGCGAUAUACUCUACAAUAUUUGAAAUAUACUUUUUUGUUUUGUUUUUCACCAAUUUUCCAUUUCAUCGUCAUCGUCUUCUUCUCUCUCAAUGCUCUCUAACUACAAUUAAACAUACACUGAAAUUCAACCGUGACGGAUCAGAAUUACAUUUUUGUUUUACAAAAAUUUAAUAAGCGACCAGUCGAUAGAAUAAGAGAAGGAGAACAAGUGUUUGCACAUCUCUGGCGACGGUCGGUUCUCUUUUUUGUUCGUUUUGCGUGUGUGUGUGUGUGUGACGUGUUCUGUUCAGCAUACCGCCCAUCCCACUGGUUUUUCACGUCGUUCCGAAAUUGUUCGAAAUAAAUAGAAUGUGUGGGCGAGAGGGCGUCAGACACGAUGAAUGGCAUCGAAUUCCAUGCGUCUCGCACUUUCCUUUUUGUCCCUACGACUCUCGAUCUCUCGCAGUUUACUUUUCUCUUUUUUCUCUGCCUCCUGGUACUUCUGUGGUGCUAUGUUGCGUAAAUAUACAAAUAACAUAAACAUAUUUGCACAGGAAAUGUCCUAGAGAGACUUGUCGUUUCGCUCUUUUCCCCUCUAUCCUUAUCUCGCUGCUUUCUUUUUCCCCUUGUCUUUUUUUGCUGAGCGACCCUAUGAAAGCCUGCAAUUUCUAACCGUUUUUCGCAUCUUUGCAAUUGAAAUUUUUACGGCAUCGGAGAUAAAAGGUUGCCGAUGACGACACAUACGUGUGAAUCGUGUUUGAACAGGUGCUUUCUUUCUCACUCACUUUUUCACGCACAAUUUCACGUUUCGACCUCUUCGUCUCUUUUUUCGAAAUGCCUCUGAAGAGUUUCAAGCGACGAUUGCGAAAUAUGUUGAUUUUAAUCUAACAAACAUUAUUGCAAACUGGGCGACCGGUGAAGUUGAAGGAAACAUGUGAUUGACCUCUUUUUUCUCUACGUCUUCGCCAGAAUGUUUGGCUUUCUUACGUAAAUGCUUGCGGAUUUCAUUUCUCAGCUGACCGCUCUUUUUUUCAUUUUAAUGAUCUACCUGAUCUAAUGAUCUACAAACCGUUUCACUUUCUAUGCGAAUGCUAUUUGAAAUUUCACUGAAAAUCUUUGUGUUAAACUUUCCAUUGAUCAAUAACAAUAUUACAAACUGUUUGGCGAAUUCCUGAGUCUCCAGUCUAUCUUAUCAAGUUCUUAUCGCUCAUUUUCAGUUUCAGUGCUCUUUCGUUGCAAUUGUUCUCUUUCUUGCAAUCUCGCGGCGUUUCUUUCCUUAAAUUUUCGAACAAAACGUGUCUGUGGUCCCCCACAUUUUGAGCUCUUUUUCUUGCGUUCCACCUGUCCCACACUCUCACGUCCGUCUCUCUCUCUGACAACAAAUACAAUGGGAAUCAGAGAGGAUUUGGGAUAAUCUAUCCAUUAUUAAUGACCCCCUUGUGCCUCCCUUUUCGCCCGUUUCUCACCCCACCAUUUGGAACGAACGAGGAGGAAAAACGACCAAGAGCACACCUGGCAUUUCCUUUUCUUCGUCUUCGUCUUGUUCCGGAAGUCGGAGACUAUUGAUUUUUGAGCUUUUUCCUCCUGAAAUUCGAUCUACCGCUCGCCGUGUCGUACACAUAUUAAUGGCUGUUUAAUCAGCAGCUGAGAGGCGAAAAAUGAGAGGAAUCUAGGGAGAUUUGGCCAUUUUUCAUAUCUUCCUCUCUCUUUCUUUCUUCUUCUCUCGCUCAUUUCUUUUUUCACUGCUCAUAAAUAAAAUGGAUGCAAUUUUGAUGAGAGGCAAAGAAGAAAAAGCGAACUGAGAGGGUGGAAAAGAGAGAAAAGAGGCUCUUACUACUACCACUCACUCGAAACCCCCUUCUUCCUUCCUUCCCUCCUUCCGUCCUUCCCAUCAUCCCACAAUUCCAUCCCAUUCCAUUCACUUCUUCGUUCCAUUCUCUUGAAAGAGGCAAAAUGAAGAAAACGAGUGAGCGGGGAGAGUCCAUCUGAUGAAGCUUUUUCCGAAUAGCCGUUUGAUGAUGUUUGAUGGGCCCAUGUUAUUUGAUCGGAGAGAGAGAGAGAAAAAGAAGGAUGACGAGGUUGAAUUGAAGGGCAUCAAGUCGGAGAGAAUAACUGAAAAAUAGCUCAAUUUGACUAAUGAGCAUACAUUUGAGAUAUUGAAUGUGAAUUACUUUUGAAAUUGAAUUCUACUGGAUUCAUUGAAAUUAUUCUUGAGCCCAAAUUUAUUUUUGUCAUCUGUAUUCCUUUGAGAAUCAGAAAAACUUUAAUGAUAGCAUACUAGGACUUUGCUCGAUUCUCAGAAACACAGUCGGUUCCCACCGGCUUUCCCAGCUUCGAAGCAUAUGCUCGCUGUUUUGCUGAAAUAUUUAUUUCCAUCAUCAUAGACAUCCACAUCUAUUGCUCAGUUUUGAAUAAUAAAACCAUAACUCGUAAACAUUAGAGAAGUUAUUUACGCUUCUGGAACCCGGAGAGUUCUGUGUCCUUUUGCCUGCAUCCGACAGCACAAAAUGCUCGCUUUUCCGUUUUUCCGAAUGCGUUUGUGCUCAUUGUGCAUCUUUUGCCCGUUCUGCGCUUCUCUGUCUACAGAACUCUCUUCGCGCAAGCUUUUUUCCCUUUUCGACGCAGCCCUUCUUCUUCUCCGUCGUCCGUCCCGCUUCCCUUUUCUCGUCGUUUCCCCUCAAAUAGGCCUCAAUUUUCUGCUGCUUCCUCUUCGUUUUUGCUCUUUUUUCGACAGACAAAAAUGUACCAUCGCAUUUCUCUAGAACUCUCCACGAAUUUGUUUGUGUUGCUUUGUUUUCUGUGCUCAAAAACGAAAAGUAUGAGGCAAACAACGCAUAGAUAAUGAGGUUUUUGCUUCUUUCUCUCCACUUGUUCCGUCUUGAAAACUGACUAAAGAAGAUGCACAAAAACAAGUCCAUUUCUCUUAUUCUCUGUUCAUUCCAGAGCGCUCAUAACUUCUGCCCCGUCAACGUCGACUGCACCUCUUCAGAAGACGACAAUUUUCAGCAAAACGAAUCAACAAGUGAGUUUUCCCGUCUCAAAACGAUCUUCUGAUAAUAAUUGAGUUUCAGGUAAAUGCCCCAGUAGGUCCGAUGGAGGGACACUCCUCCCUCGCCUCCUACCCACUCCAUCACUCAUCACAGAUUCAACAGCAUCCGGAGGCAUAUCAUCAUCAGUCAGUUUCCCCCCGCGCACCAGAUAACCGCAGAGUUCAUGUUCAGAGGCCCACAGCCUGGUGGUCAUCCGUACUACCAGCAGCAUCACUAUGGCCAGCCGGGAAGUAGCGGUGGUGACGGUGGAGGACAGAAUCAGCACAUGAUGUACGGCAACGAGUAUGGUGAGUAUCUUCCGAGAAGUCAUAAUCUCUGCUAGAAUGCCGCUUCGUUCAACUGAAUGAUUAAGAUCAACUCAAUCAAGCAUCCACGUCAUCCGCUCCGCCCGUUGUCCCCGAACACCACCAUCCGCAGAAUAUACAGCAACAUCAGUACCAGCAGCAGCAGCAAUACGAUCAACAGACGGUUCGGUACAAUCAUCAGCUGCCGUCUCCGCAUUCGGCACCGCCCCAGCAACGGACUUUCGUGCCGAGAUAUCCGGUUCAAGUAGUGGAUGCGCACCAAGUCUACGGACAAGUCAAUCGGACUGUCAAGUGAGUGUUCCUUGACGAAUUGCAAUCGUCAUUCCCAGUUUCCCACGGGCCCGGGGGCCACGUUGCAAACGCGCUCUACUGAAUGAUGCGAACUAACCACAUUGGCAUUAGGGACACUACGCAAUCCAAUCGACCGUUGACGGAAGUCAAAAUUUUUAUAAAAUCCUAUGACUAGAUUUGUCAAAUACCACAUGUUUUCGAGCCCGUUUAACGUUUGACACUUAAAUAAUUGCAUUUAGCGCAUUCACCUUCACAAAGUCUGUAUAACAAAGUCUGUCCGGUGGAUGAUAAUGAAGAUGGUCGGAUGGGAAGGCUGGUCCGUGCGAACAACGCGACGCAGAUUUGCGCACGCCGCCCUUUUCGAAUCUCUCGUCUAAUUGGGUCAUUGUUUCCCUCCCAUCCGAGUACCCCCUAGUCAUCAUAAACUGCUCGCUUUGCUCAUCAUUCGUCUCAUUCGAAUCCCAUCAUUUCCCUUCUCUCAUUUCAGUGCACCUCCGCCAGUCGUCACUAAACCGCUUCCACCGCCCGCUCCGCCGCCUUCUGCUCCUCCAGUUAUGGCGCCUAGAAAGACUCCGCCGUCGUCGUUCAUGAAGCGGCAGCCGGAUGCGGAAGAGCAGCAGAGAGUGGACUACGAAGUGGCGAGGAACGUGUCGCAGAUCAUGUCCAAGAACGGAAUGAGAGUCACUCAGGAACCGAUCAUGGCGUCGCCGCCGAGGUAUGUUACUUCUUCGUGUUUUCUCGCAUUCCGAUCUUUUUUCAGACAACUUCCCCCUUUGGCUCCUCUUCCACCGACGAAGGGAGCCGGCUUCCAGUGUCCCACUUGCAACCGUAAUCUGGCUAAUGCUCGCAACCUGCAACGCCACCGUCAGACGUGUGGAACCACAAUGAUAUCGUCGUCGCCUCUGCCGCACCAACAUCAGCAGCAGAUCACCCCACAAGCGGCUCCGCAACUGGCUGCAAUGCUCCAACGAAGCCCACCCGCUCCGUCAGUCUCUGCGCCGCCUCAACAGCAUCAGACACCGGAUCCAUCCGCGUCAUCAUCCAGCUUCCAACAUCACAAUUCAUCUGGAGACUUGGGACUUGGAUUGAAUCAGAUGCAGCAGAAUGCGUUGUACUCUCCGCAAGAUAUGAUGAUGAGGGAUCCGAACGCGAUGCUCAGCGACGUUUCGUCGUUUGCAUUCAAAGACGAUCCGAUGCUCUAUCAGGGGCCGUCGGGAUCCGGAGAAAUAUGGCCUCGUGACGACAGUUUCACGCAGUCGGAGCCCCAUUCGGCGUCUCACGAUCAUUUGGAUCUGUCGGAUCCUCUCUUAAUGUCUGAUCCUCUGCACAAUCUAGGUUCUUUUGAAGGACUGAGUGACGAUAAUCAUAGAGAAUCGACGAGAGAGUGCAUGGAUACGGAUGAUCUGACUACACUGGAUCCAACCCCGCAUUGUUCGACAAACUUCUUCGGAAUAGAUCCAGAACUCGAGAUGCCGUUGGUACUGGACGUUGACGAACCGAUUAUUCGUUCCGAAUCGGCGUCCCUUUCGUCAAGUUCUCACGGCAGAAAUACUCCCGCUAAUCCAUUCAUGUCAGUUUCAAUCUCGUCUGAAUUCCACCUAAUCCAUUAAUUUUCAGGUGUGAAGCGUGCAAGAAGGUUGUCUCUUCUGACCGAAGCCUCCGUCGCCAUUACAGUACUUGCAAGGCCUUGUCAGAGACGGCACCCGAAGAGUGAGUUUUUUAAAGAAUAUUGUCUUAAGUUUAAUGAACGCCAUUCCAUCUAUCAUUCAGUUCUUUAAUCACUCACACUUUAUUUUUCUCUCGUCAUUCUCUUUGUGAUCGUGUCAUUCAGCCGUCCCGCCGGAGCGAAAAGGAAAGCGGCGACUGGAGUGAAGCGAGGCAAGAAAACGAAAAUCUCGUCAGAGGAAGACUCACAUGAAGCGCCGGCGCCAGAAAAGAACAGUGCGAUUCUGGCGGCGCUCCGAAAAGAGCCGGUCAAUCCAUACCAGCCGAACUUCUCGUCGAUGAUGUUGGCUCCGCUCCCCGGCAAUUCGAAUCAGUUCCAAGCUCCGAUGAAGGGCGCAUCGCUCCCUCCGCUGAGCACUUCGUGGCUUUCUGGAAACUCUUCGAGCGUUCCGAGCACGAGAGCGACUUCUCAGAGUUCCGGCAUGUUCACUCCCCCGAUGGCUGCUUCCACUCCCAUUCCAUACCAACAGAAGAGCAAUCCACUCGAAGAGUUGCUGAUGGAAGACGAGCCGCCAGAGGAGGACGGAGAUAGUAGAAGUAGUAGUGGGUGAGUAGAUGAGUGUUGUACCAAGUUGGACACAUCUUUCUGAGCACUGCACAGUAUCGAUGACACGACACUUUCAUCAUCUCUUCAUCUCUAAAUAACUUUUUUUUUCAGAGCGACUCCGGUUGCUGCACCAGCGAAGCCGAAUGGACAUCCAAUGUUCUCUUGCGAGUAUUGUACGAAAAAACUGUGCUCGAUGAGCAAUCUGAAGCGCCACCGUUCCACGUGCAAAAAAGCUGCAGGACCAUCCGUCUCGAACUCUCCGUCCAAGCCUGCCACUCCAGCACCUUCGGUCGCUCCAGCUGCUCCGCCACCUCAGCAGACGCCCUCACAGGCACCCGCCGCCCCGGCACCAGUCAGUCUUCAUCUAUCACUGGAGACAAAUGCUGUUGUGACGUACACUAAAACGAACACAGGAUCGAGUACGAAUACGUGGAGCAGCGACAAGGCUCAGUUGGUGUCGCCGAAACAGAAGAUCCAGUCGUCGAAUGUGCUCGUCACUCACACAGACUCUUCUGACAUCAGCGCAUCUUCUUCGACUGCUAGCGGCAAGAACUACAUGACGGUGGGAGAAGCUCUUCGUGCAAAACAACAACAGCAACGGAUGGCUAAUUUGGAUCAGCAACAGCAGCAACAGCAGAUGUUCCAGCAACAACAGCAGCAGCAGCAUCAGAGGUUCCAGCAAGGCAAUCAGUUGCAUCACAUGCCCGCACGGAUUCCCCCUCGACCGCCAAAUCCGAUUCUCAAUCAGAUUCAAAAUCCACCGCAACAAGUGCAACAGAAUCAGAUGCAGAACCAAAUGCAACAUCAGCAGCAAGGGAACGUAAAUCAGAUGAAUUCGCAGAGCCAGCCGCAAGCACUUCAAAACCAGAAUGCGCCAGUUCAACAUCAGCAGCACGUCCCGCAACCGCAGAUGCAUCAACAACCGCAGCAACAAUCGGUUCAGAGUCAGAUGCAACCGGCACAGAAACAGCAGCUACAGCAUGGGCAGCUGGCUCCGAACUCCCGACAGGCACCACAAUCGGAGCAUCAGAUUGUGCACCAGCAACUUCCACCGCUCUCCAGUGCGGAACUCCAUUCGCAACUUCAACUCCAGAGUCCUCCGCAGAAGAAAGGAUUGAUUGAGCACAGGAACAACGACCAAGUUCUCAUCACUUCGGAGCCAUUGCCAGUCAACGAACGAAGGAAUACGUAUCAGGGACCGCAACAUCCAAGUGCGCAAUUGCAGCCACCGCCACAGCAACAGCAGCAGACGUCGAACGCACCGAGGCUGCCUCCGAUGUACCAGGCACCGAUUGGCCGUCAGUUCUCGGCUCCGCAGGAAUUGGCGGAACAGAAAAGACGGUCGUCUGACGGACAAGUACUGCAGAGUCAGCCGAAGCCGCCAAUGGUGCUGCCGCCUCUCCAUCUUCCGCAACGUCAACGUCCACAGCAGCAGAAUCCCCCCCAGCAGUCUCAACCACAAACACAGCAACAGCCGCAACCGCAGGUCUAUCAAGUGCAGUUCAACGGACGACCUAUGCCGCCGAUGCAGUUCCCGUCGCUUCUCCAUCAAAAUAACAACAAUCAACAACAGCAGGCGAUGCGAAUGCAAAUGCAGCAAGGACAACAGGAGAUGCAGCAGAAUCAGAUGGAGCACAUUCCGCCCCAGCAGCAACCGCCGAUGAAUCAGAUGCAAAUGCACCAUCAGAUGAACCAGCAGCACCAGAUGUACCAUCCACAGAAUGUUCAACAAAAUCAAGGACAACAGAAUCAGUUGCAUAUGUCGAUGCAGCAGCAACAUCAUCUAAAUACGCAACAACAGCAUUUUCCGCCGAUGCACCACCAACAUCAGUUCCAUCAGCAGCCACAGAACAUGCAAAUGCAGCAGCUUCAACAUCAGAAUCCUUCGAACUCACAGCCGCAAAUCCAGAAGCAACAUCAGCAGCCGAUGCCACAAAUGAUGCCGAUUGAACAGGCUCCUAUGCAGCAGCAACAACAACGACCAGCGCAGACAGAAACGCCGCAAGCUCCUCUUCCACCUCAACAGCAGAUGGGGCCAGUCGCGCAGGUACCGGCUCAAGAGACCGAAUUGAAGCCACCACCUGCAAAACGUGGUAGAUCGCAGAGUACGGCGAUGAGGCCGCAUAUGGAUCCUCCUAUAGCUACCAUCGAGUGAGCCAUUUUAUUCGUCAACUCCUUUUCAAUUAAUCUCUUUACAGCGUUCCACAGCGCCAGCCUGGCUCUCCGCUCGAUUCCAUCAUUACAACUGCUCCACUCUCCGUCGAGGUACACCAUAAGCCACCAUCUGGAGUUCCGGAACAAGGACUGAGCAGUGUGGAUUCCCAAUCGACGGCGCCGAGUCCAGGAGGACAAGUUGUGUUUGAAAGGUCUACAGGAUCGAAGAAGGCUAAUCAACAGGCGUAUAUUUGUCCGGAGUGUGACAGAAUGUGAGUUGUUGUGUACUUGGUUCAUAUUGUUCACCUUCGAUUCAUUUCAGAUACUCUUGCCGGAAGAACGUGAAACGUCACAGAAUGGCCGUUCACAAGAUGACAUUGAACGAAGUGCUCGCUAAGCCCGAAAAUCCGGCUCCAGAAGGCGCUGAACCAUCGGCAGUGAGUGGAAGACGGCACACUGUGGCCGGAACAGACAACGAAAAGGCAUCAGCUUCGUCAAAAAACGGAGGAGCUAAGCGGAAGGGUUCCGCCGCGACGACGACGUCAAAAAAGGGAAAAGAGAAGGAGAAGGUACUGCCGAUUGUUGAGCAGUCUGCUGAGAAACCAACUAUUCCGGAAGAAUCGACAGAUGAAUCAGUAUUGUCAAGAAAAAGCUCUGCUCUUCCGUCUGUUGAACCACUGCUGAGGACUUCUAGACGGGAAACGACAUCACCGAUGGAGGCUCCAAUUGUUCCUACUCAAAUGACACCCUCUCAACAAGCAGAUCAGGAGCAAGGUGCAUUUCAGUCAUCUGGCCUUGCUUUAAAUCAAAUGCAAGAUUCGAUUAUGAUGCUUUCUCCUCAAAAGCCGGCUCCCCCAUUGCGAAUGCAGGCUUUGCCGCCUCUCCAUCUUCCACGGCAACGCCAAGAGGCCUUCGAACUGAGACCACCUCCUGAGCAUAACUAUCGAGAUCAUUUGGAAGCUCCUCCGAUGGACAAUCAACGCCCAGCGGAUACCCAAGUCACCUACCAGACUGCUAGACCGGACCCAGAAGUCUCUCCACCAGCUCCUGCACCGGCUCAGUUUUUUCCGUGGGCGCCGGUCUCAGCCAAUGAUUCAGGGAUUCCCUUGAAUCAGGCUCUGAGAUCGGCGUGUCUCACCACCGGAAAGAUUUCUUCUUCGAUGUCUCUUCCACUGCCGCCCCUCCAUCUGCCACCUCUCCAGGAUCUAGUCACUUCCAAUGAUUCACCUCUUUCUAUGCCCAAUUCGGCGCCGCUCACAUCAUCUUCGUCAGCCAUCUCGAGCACUCUGCAAAGUCGAAACAGCGAGUUCACCGAAGAAAAAGAUAUGACAGCAAUGGCGAAGAUUGUUGAAGAAUUGAAGAGAUCAUCUGAUGGAUGGCGGCCCGGUUCUCGUGCUUCCAAAGGAAUAGAAAACGGAGAGGAGCUCGACGAGGACGAAAUUCUGAUAAGGAAUAUAAGAAGAGACGCUGUUCAGAAAAGCACUGUCCAAGACGACGCUGUCCAGCCUGUCCAGAUUAACGCUGUCCAUGACGACCCUGUCCAAAAUGACACUGCCCAGGACGACGCUCUUCAGGACGACGACGCUGUCAGCGAUAUCUCCGACUUGUUCGAAGGACACGAGGAGGACUCGAUGAUGUUCGAUGAGGUCAUGCAAAGUGUGAUGCGACAACCCUGCCUGCCACCCUUGUCCACGUCGUCGAGUGCCGGAUUACCGUCUCUCUCGUCUCCAGAGGAAGACGGCCAGCAACAGCAGCCGCCACCCGAAUACCAUCAGUUUGAUCAGAUGGAAAUGUGGAAUGAAGAAAAUCAAAAUUAUCCACAGGAGCAGUUUCAUCAUCAAGAAUCCAUGCGCAAUGAGGAGAUGAUGCUCUAUCAUCACGAACAGAUGCUACUGCAGCAAUAUCCUCUGCAUGAGAUGCGGGAGAUGUCAUUCCUUUCUGUGGAAGAGGGAUUAUCCUAUCAAGAUGCUCUGUUUCUUCCUCGUUCCGAUUCUCGACCAGGCGUUCCUCGCAUGAGAGCGGGAAGACGUCCUCAACAGAAAGCGCCUGUCAACCUGAUGUGCUCCGGGUGCAAGAAGAUCCUCGCCACCGAGUACUCGCUCCGUCGUCAUCGUGCUGGAUGUGUCAAUGUUCAACAGGCUCUCAAUCCGGAAUAUCCAAAACCGCCACAGCGUCGUGCUGACACUCGGGACGACCCGAUUCGCCCGCGACCGCGGAAACGAAAGGCUGCGAAACACGCUGAACUGAUGAAUGAGGUGGCUGUCCUUAAAAAGAUUGGCAUUGACAUGCCGCUACCGAUAAUACAAGAGGAGAAGCCUGAACCGAAGUUCAUGACUGCGGCGGAGGAACUGGCACAUCUGGAAGCUCUUCCGCCGCCAUCUGCUGUCUUCGAACUUGUUGCGGAUUUGCAAAAGGACGCGAAGAAGUGAGUUUCCCCAAUUUCCCUAUUUAUUUAUCACAAUGUCAUGUUUCAGGAAACGGGAAACAACGUCUCCAUCGCCAGGCGCCGAAGCACCAGAUCACGACUUCGAUGUUCCAAUUUCCGCGUCUGCCACGUCAGCAUCCUCGUCGUCUUCGUCGACGCCUACCACUGAAAAGGGCAUACCGUCUUCAGCUAAGAUUCAGGCAAGACAUGUGUGUCAGGUGUGCUGCAUUUCUUUUGUUUCUAUUCAAGCGUGAUUUCAUAGUUUUGAUGGUUAACAAAUUGUGAAUUUUUGGAAAGAUUCUGUCGUUUCGAUUAUGUGUCUUGUGAACUUGUGAACAACCAUAGUAGUUCUUUUGUAGUAACUCCUUGUGUUCCUAUCCGAAUUCAACGAAUUUUUAUUGCAGCCAUGCAAAAAGUACUACUCAAGCGAGUGGAAUCUAGAACGUCACCGAAGAGGAGUUUGUCCGGCUUCCACAAAUUAUUCCUAGUCCGUUAAUCUUCUUUGCUUACUCUUCUAAAUGCUAAUUUUCAGCUGA